UUUGUUCUGUUCGAAUGUAGGCCCGAAUUGAGUUUUGAGAGACAUUUCUGCAAUUCCCAGAUCUGGGAUUUCGUAUUCCUCUUCUCCUGAGGCUCUGCUCCAUCAAUCUCUUUUACUGCCUCUGUAUUGCUGCAAUCCUCUCGAGAUGAAAAGAAGAGAACCCACUGGCCCAGAAGAUCCGAUGUACGGGGCGUCUUCCUCAUCGACCUCUCCACAUGUAGGUGAUUCUGACUGCAGAGCCAAAAAGCCAAAAGGAAAUGAGCAGGAAGUAUUCUUGAGCUUCAGAGGGGAAGACACGCGCAAAGGCUUCACUGAUCAUCUCUAUAAUAGCCUUGCCAGUGCGGGAAUUUAUGUGUUCAGAGACGACAACGAGCUCCGUGUUGGUGAGAAGAUUGGUCCGGAGCUUCUCUGCAGUAUUACGCAGUCCAAGAUCUCCAUCCCAAUUAUCUCGGAGAACUAUGCUUCCAGCAGAUGGUGCCUUCGCGAGCUGGCUCCGAUGUUGAAGUGCAAGAGAAGCAGUGGGCAAAUAGUGCUGCCCAUAUUUUACAAAGUGAAGCCCUGCCAGUUGCGACGUCUUACGGGGAGUUUGGGAGAUGCUACCAAUGCACAUAUAGAGAAUUUGGAUGAAACGGUUGUGAAGGAAUGGGAAGAGGCGCUUGAAGAAGUCAGUUCCUUGAAAGGAUGGGUAUCGGACAAUGUUGAUAAUGGGCAUGAAGGGACAUUAGUUAAAAUUGUUGUCGGAAAAGUUGCGAGCGAGUUAAAAAGGCUCUUUCGGCUAAUUGUUCCGAACCGGUUGGUGGGAAUCGAUGAUCGUGCGGAAGAGGUAAUGAGCUUGAUAGAUCCUAAAUCCAAUGAUACAAGGAUUGUCGGGAUUUAUGGAAUGGGCGGCAUUGGUAAGACUACUCUUGCAAAGGUGUUAUACAACAAACUCUCCGGUGAUUUUGAGUGUCUUAGCUUUGUGGCAAAUAUUCGAGAAAUAUCUUGGCGCAAAGGUAUUGAAAGCCUACAAAAGCAGCUCAUUUACGAUAUACUGAGAAGUCCACAUGAUGUGUCGACUGUGGAUGAGGGAAUUGGUGUCAUCAAAUGUCGUUUUACAAGUAAGAAAGUCCUAAUUCUUCUUGAUGAUGUUGAUGACAAGACUCACUUGAAUGCUUUGGUCGGAGAUGGUAGUUGGUUUAAAGCUGGAAGUAUAGUCAUCAUCACAACUAGAAACAAGAGCAUUCUUGAUGAGGCUGGUGUAGGCUACAUGUACCAACUCAACGAGUUGUCUUUAAAGCAAUCAUUGAUUUUGUUUAGUAGACAUGCAUUUCGAAAGGAUUCUCCCGAGAUUGAUUAUCGAGUUAUCUCUCGUGAUGUCGUAUCUACUACCGGGGGGCUUCCAUUAGCCCUUGAAGUCAUAGGUUCAUUCUUAUGUGGAAAGACAAAAAAAGUAUGGAAAGAUACCUCAAAUAAAUUAAAGAAAGUGCUCGAAAAGAAAGUCCAAGAGACUUUGAGGAUAAGUUAUGAAGCAUUAGAUCUCGAGGUGCAACUGAUAUUCUUGGACAUUGCAUGUGUCUUUAUUGGAUCAUCCAAACAAAAUCCAACUUACAUGUGGGAUUCCCGUGAUUUUUUCCCAGAGAGUGGGAUUGAAGUAUUGUGUGUUAUGUCCCCGAUUAAAAUUGACAAAGACAAAAAUCAAAAGGAGCCUCAAGGCCGUAGCAGAUUGUGGAUUCAUGAGGAAGCCAUAGACGUGCUUGAGAGCAACAAGGGCACUAGUAAGAUCGAGGCUCUUCGUCCGGACAAAUGUGGUUAUAGAAGAAGCUACACGGGUGAACUAUUUAAAGAACCGACCGGUUUGAGGUUCCUUCAAGUGAACGCUGCGAAUCUUGUUGGAGAUUUCCUGAACUUGCUUCCUCAAUUAAGAUGGCUUCAAUGGGAGGAGUGUCCCUUGGAUUUCGCAGCGGCCAACUUCCAUCCAAAGAAAUUAGUCGUGCUUGAUCCGUCGUGGAGUGGGAUUUCGGAGGACUGGGGAGGAUGGGGUCCAGUUAAGAUGGCAACAGAGCUCAAAGUUCUCAACCUCUCGAAUUGUCGGUCUUUGAGAAGAACUCCCGACUUAUCCACUUUCAAAAGCUUGGAGAUUUUAUCAUUUGAAGGAUGCUGGCAUCUAGAAGAGAUUCAUCCUUCUAUCGGUGACAUCAAGACCCUUGUCUCCUUGAAUGUCGGGUGUUGUAAGAGACUCAAGGAGCUACCGGCGGGAGUUGGUAGAAUGGAAAAAUUGAGGGAGGUUCUCUUAGAUCAUACGGAUAUACAAGAGAUUCCUAUUUCGAGAGGUUGUUUGACGAAGCCGGAGACACUAAGUGCCUCGUCUUGUAGACGAUUGGCUCAACUUCUAGAAUCCAUGGGCUCACUUGUGUCGUUAACUUUGUUGGACGUAUCCGGGACACGGAUUGAAGAAUUUCCUGAAUCCAUAGGUUCUAUGAAGGAGCUUAGGACUCUUGAUGCCUCUAAUUGUGUGUCGCUCGCCCGCAUACCUAGCUCCAUAGGCCAUCUAGCAUCAUUGCAAUGCUUGUUAUUAUGGGGAUGCCCCUCGUUGAGAGAAAUUCCUGAUUCAAUUGGGAACUUGGCAUCAUUGACCAAACCGCAUUUAGCAAGGACAGCAAUUGCGGAAUUACCCGAAAGCAUUGGAAAUCUGCAGAAGUUGAGGAUCUUGGACAUUUGUCGAUCUCGCGUAACAGAAUUGCCUGGUGCCACUGGAAUGUUGGCGGAACUCCAAGAGUUGAGAGCUUCAGGAUGCAAAAAUCUGAAAGGACUACCUAGUGAAAUAGGCGAACCGGUUUCCCUAAACAAGCUUAAUUUAGACAAGUCGGGCAUUACGGGCUUGCCGAAAAGCAUUUCUAAGCUCUCUUGUGUCCAAAACCCGAGGGUUCGAUAUUGCCAAAAGCUUCGAGAAAUACCAGACCUGCCCUCCGGCAUAACGGCUCUACGUAUCACCCGCCAGAGUACAUCGUUGCCGCAUCUUUCCCAGCUAACCCUUCUCAAGAAGCUCACUCUUUGUGAUUGCCCUUGCCUUGAAUAUCUUCCAAAGCUGCCCGUUGGGCUAUCAAUGCUUUCUAUUGCACGUUGUGGAAAACUGAAAGCGGUGACGGAUUUGUCGAAUUUGAAGCACUUAUCUGAAUUGUAUCUUGAGGAGUGCUAUGAGCUAACAGAAGUCACCGGCCUGGAAAAAUUCGUCGGGUUCUUCAAGCUAAUUUCGGAGGGUGUGAAUUCAAUAGGCUGCAAGUCUGCAAGAGCCAAUGCGGAUUUUGUUCUAGUGAUGCUCUGA